GUGCUCACUUCUUCCCAUAGUCACCUUCUCCUUCCUCCUCUCCUCCCCAUUAAUCUCAUCUCUUUCAUCUUGCUGCCUCCGUGCUCGCCGACCCUCUCUUUUCCUCUUGCAACUCCCAUGUCUCAAUCUUCUCCUUUCUUCUCCAUUGCCCGAGUGCACGCUGGAGCAGGAGGGCGAGCUGCGGCAGCCGCUCUCCUGCUCCGUCGCUCCAUUUCUCAGCUGCCACACAGCAUUCAUGGCCUAAGGUGUUUCUCUUCAGCCAGAGUGACACCUGCCAAGACACUGCAAUCACACCUCAGCCUCCCCCGCGCCACACUGUCCUCUUUUGCCGAUGCCGAAGAUGGCUCCAGUGCCGAAGGCAGUGACAAGAAGGCUGGGGAGGAGCAGAUCGGGGAAUGCGAGAUGUCAGAGAUGGCGAAGGCGUUCCAUAUCUCACCACGGAUGGCGAUGUCGAUCUCUGUGAUGAUUGCAUUCGCCGCCCUCACUGUACCGCUGGCGAUGCGCUCACUGGUCUGCCAUGGAACCUUCAAAAUGAAUGCGCUGGCAUACUUUACGCUUCUGUCAGGGUUCUAUAUGGCAUGGAAUAUUGGGGCCAAUGAUGUUGCAAAUGCCAUGGGGACGUCAGUUGGGUCCGGAGCUUUGACACUCCGGCAGGCGGUGGUGACUGCAGCAGUGCUAGAGUUCUCCGGUGCAUUCCUUAUGGGGACCCAUGUCACCAGCACCAUGCAGAAGGGAAUACUGGUUGCGUCUGUCUUCCAAGGAAAGGACUCUCUGCUCUUCGCUGGACUGAUAUCCUCCCUUGCUGCUGCCGGUACAUGGCUGCAGGUUGCUUCGUCAUAUGGCUGGCCUGUCUCAACUACACAUUGUAUAGUUGGGGCUAUGGUUGGUUUUGGGCUGGUGUAUGGAGGGGUGAAUGCAGUUUUCUGGAGUUCUCUGGCUAGAGUAUCUUCAUCUUGGGUCAUUUCUCCAUUGAUGGGUGCAGCAGUCUCCUUUCUUGUUUACAAGUGCAUACGGAGGUUUGUAUACAGCGCACCCAAUCCAGGCCAGGCUGCAGCUGCUGCUGCACCAAUCGCAGUCUUUGCUGGUGUCACUGCAAUCUCGUUUGCUGCUUUUCCUCUCAGUAAGGUGUUUUCCAUUGCCAUCCUGCAAGCAGUAUCCAGUGGGGCAAUAGGAGCCAUCAUUGUUUCCCGAGUGAUCAAAAAACAGCUAGGUGACUUACUGUCUUCAGAAGCAGAAAAGAUAGCAUCCACUGAGAAGUCAAAUGUUCAGCAGGCGGGACUUCUUUCGGACAUUGCUGGCCCUACAGGAGCUCAGUUGCAGAUUGUGUAUAGUGUAUUUGGUUACAUGCAAGUCUUAUCGGCAUGCUUCAUGUCAUUUGCUCAUGGAGGAAAUGACGUCUCCAAUGCCAUAGGGCCCCUGGCUGCAGCUUUGUCCAUUCUUCAAGGUGUGGCAAGCAGCGCUGAGAUAGUCAUACCUACUGAAGUUCUUGCUUGGGGUGGUUUUGGAAUUGUUGCAGGGCUUACAAUGUGGGGAUAUAGGGUGAUAGCAACAAUUGGCAAGAAAAUCACAGAACUAACACCUACUAGGGGCUUUGCUGCAGAGUUUGCAGCAGCUUCAGUUGUCUUGUUUGCAUCAAAGCUUGGGUUGCCUAUAUCUGCCACGCAUACACUUGUUGGAGCGGUGAUGGGUGUCGGAUUUGCAAGAGGGCUCAAUAGAGUCAGAGCAGAGACAGUUCGUGAUAUUGUGGCAUCCUGGUUGGUCACAAUUCCAGUUGGUGCUGUCCUAUCUAUCUUCUACACAUUGAUCUUGACCAAAAUUCUGGCAUACUUAAUGUGAGUGGAUUGUAAAAUAUAAGAGCUGCUUUUAAGUGGUACAGCCCAUUAUCAGUUUAUCACUUCAUAAAUUUUGAUCGGUGGAAAAGGUUUUUCUUUGCAAAAGUGAAGACUGAAGAGAUAAACUGAUUCCACAAGUUCAAUCAGAAAUUUACAAGAUUUUCCAAGAUCAAAUAAUCAUUUUCUUGGCAACUGAUCACAAUUAGGGAAAAGGUUUCCCAGCAAAUGAUCAUGGUACAGGCUCCAGAGUUUUUCAAUUUUUUAUACUACCUUGUAUGUCUGUCACAAGGUCGAAUACUGUAACUUCUUGUAGAGUUAUUAUACAUAUAGAUGUAAUGGUUGGUCAAAUUUCUUCUUGUAAAUUGUAAUCAUAUCACAAGACUUUGCUCAUUGCCAAUCAUCCUAGAAUAAGAGCUCCUUCCUCUGUAGGAAAUUA